AUGUAUUCUCACAGGAGAGGAGAGCACGUAAGUCUGGCGCUGGUUAGGUCACUGGUGUGGGUGGCCAGUGUUGUAUCAGAGCAGCAGAGAAGCAGAGCAGGGGAGGUGGACGAGUGGAUGAACAGGGAGCAGAGGAGCAGAGGGACAGAGGCGGGAGUGCUCGUGUUUGGAGGAGUGCUCGUGUUUGGAGGAGUGCUCGUGUUUGGAGGAGUGCUCGUGUUUGGAGGAGUGCUCGUGUUUGGAGGAGUGCUCGUGUUUGGAGGAGUGCUCGUGUUUGGAGGAGUGCUCGUGUUUGGAGGAGUGCUCGUGUUUGGAGGAGUGCUCGUGUUUGGAGGAGUGCUCGUGUUUGGAGGAGUGCUCGUGUUUGGAGGAGUGCUCGUGUUUGGAGGAGUGCUCGUGUUUGGAGGAGUGCUCGUGUUUGGAGGAGUGCUCGUGUUUGGAGGAGUGCUCGUGUUUGGAGGAGUGCUCGUGUUUGGAGGAGUGCUCGUGUUUGGAGGAGUGCUCGUGUUUGGAGGAGUGCUCGUGUUUGGAGGAGUGCUCGUGUUUGGAGGAGUGCUCGUGUUUGGAGGAGUGCUCGUGUUUGGAGGAGUGCUCGUGUUUGGAGGAGUGCUCGUGUUUGGAGGAGUGCUCGUGUUUGGAGGAGUGCUCGUGUUUGGAGGAGUGCUCGUGUUUGGAGGAGUGCUCGUGUUUGGAGGAGUGCUCGUGUUUGGAGGAGUGCUCGUGUUUGGAGGAGUGCUCGUGUUUGGAGGAGUGCUCGUGUUUGGAGGAGUGCUCGUGUUUGGAGGAGUGCUCGUGUUUGGAGGAGUGCUCGUGUUUGGAGGAGUGCUCGUGUUUGGAGGAGUGCUCGUGUUUGGAGGAGUGCUCGUGUUUGGAGGAGUGCUCGUGUUUGGAGGAGUGCUCGUGUUUGGAGGAGUGCUCGUGUUUGGAGGAGUGCUCGUGUUUGGAGGAGUGCUCGUGUUUGGAGGAGUGCUCGAGUGGAGAAAUGUUGAGUGA